AUGGGUCACAGAGAUGCAAUCAAGAGACUCACCAAGCUUUUCUUAGUCAUCAAAACCAUACAAUUACUUAUUGUCUACUUCACACCGGUUCAAUUCGAUACCUCAUCGCAGAUACUCGCUCGUCAAUAUGAACCACUCAAACAACAAUUGCUCGACCGAACAUCAUGGGUACCCUUUGUUGACCAUCUUAUAACCCAUAUAGGAGAAAAGUUCAUAACAUGGGAUGCAGUAUACUUUUCUGAUCUCCAUGUGAACCCUAUCAAGUAUGAAAACCAGUUCGUGUUCUGUCCUAACUGGUGGAGACUAAUCAAAGCAAUACCGUUGGGCGAGGGCAAUUUUUACAGCAAAUUGAUCUUGAGUUUAUUUGUCUCCAAUGCAUUUCACUACAUGUCUGCCUUGGUUAUGUAUGCGUUGACUUUGAAUUAUUUCAGGGCUAGAACUCAUACCAGAAAUGGCAUCAAGAGCGAACGCGAAUUCGCUGAGAUAGCUGCCAGGUUGGUUAUCAUAUCCCCUGCUGGCAUUUUCCUCACCAGUGGAUACUCAGAAAACUUGAGUAAUUUCUUGAGCUUCUCCACCAUUUAUUUGCAUGAUAUUUCUGUUAACCAUUCUGAUUUCAAAUAUCCUUCUACUCACAAGUCCAUUAAGUGGCCCAUAAUCUAUAUCGCAUCUGGGCUGCUCCUAGCAUACAACUUCACCAUAAGAGCAAACUCCAUUUUUAUUGGUAUCAUCUAUUUAUACGACCUAUAUGGCUUUUUAUUGGGAAACAAAAACGUGGUGGACAGCUUAUUGUCCAUCAUUGCUGGAGGCCAAUUGUUCUUCACCAUCUUAGCGAUGAAUGUUUACAAUUAUUUGCUAUUCUGUCCUGAGAGGGGCUCCUGGUGCAAUCGCACAGUUCCUCUGUUGUUUGGGUACGCACAGAGGGAAUAUUGGGGAGUUGGGUUUUUAGUGUAUUGGUCUGUCAACAACAUACCCAACUUCUUAUUUGCAACUCCGACCAUAUUGAUCCACUCGGCUGCCAUUCGUCACUACUUAAAUGCGGCAGAAUUACCAAAAAUAAAGAAGAUAACCAUUUUAUUGGUCAUUAAUGUGUUUGUAUUGCUUGGAGGUAUUUUCUUUUGGAACACUCAGAUUUUAACCCGUAUAGGAUCCUUUUUACCAUUAAGUUACUGGUAUGUUGCACAGUUGGUCCAGAGCAAGCUGCCUUACAGAAAAUAUGUCAUCUACUACAUGCUUGGGUGGAAUUUUGCUCAAACUAGUUUGUUCGCUGCGUUUUUACCCCCAGCAUAA